AUGGACACUAGACAAGAUCUGGGAGUGCAUCGGAGAAAUAGCGAGGAGGAGCAGAAGGGGAUAGAUGGUAUACAACAAAUUUCUUCUUUGGUGCAAGGAAGGCAACAAUUUUUUUAUAGUACCCGAUUAACUUCCAAAACCAAUAAUAUUGAAGGCGAAUAG